AUGGAGCGCAAUUCAGACAUAGCCCAAGGCCAUACAAAGGGUGACCGGGUAAGAGUGGAGCAGCAAUGGCAAAAGUUGGCUAAUAUUUUAAAUAGUCAAGGUCCAAGUAAGGAUGUAAACGGUUGGAAAAGGGUUCGGAAGAAACUGGUGCGCAACCGUAAAGAACCUUCUGGUGGCGAAGUAUUUAAUAGGUAUAACCUCACAGAAGCUGAAGAAACUCUUGCUCGCAUAACGGGCAUGUAUACAGUGGUACAGGGUAUACCUGAAACAACAUCAUUUGGGUUGGAUGAGACGGUUGACCUCCAGGUGGAAGUGCUCGAUCUAACCGAGGAAGAAAUGAUGCCCUCAACAUCAACUCGGCAAAAUAGCACCAUUAUUAUGGAACGGUUCUGCAACGCUUUGGAGAAAAUUAAUGAUACGUUAAAUGCAAUUAAAGAAGAUCUUAGGCAUCAUCACAACAAUAUGGAAGAGAUUUUUAAAGAAAAAUAG